UGAAAAUAUAAGACAUAAGUAUAUUACACAAUAAAAGAACCACUAUUUAAGUCUAUAAACAGUGAUUUAGCAUUUACAGGUCAAGAUGGAGGAAAAAGAUUACAAGUUUGCGGCAUGCACGUAUUUCGCUAAGAAUCACCCGGGCGAGACCUGCGGCAGCAAUGGUCUGCCGUUGACGCCGAGUUCCAUAACUAUUCUGGGCUGGGCGCAGCGACUGCUCACUAUAGAGCAUCCUAAUUUGUGCACGUACCUUGAUGUUAUAAGAGGGAAACAUGAGAGGAUCAUAGUGGUAGCCGAAGUAAUAGGCAAGUCACUGAGCGAAUACAAAUCACGGUUCACCCAUAGUGAAAUAAAAAACAUCGCCUACCAAGUGGCUACGGCCCUCGCAUACUUACACGAGCAGGAUAUAAUGCAUCGCACAUUGUCCGAUGAUAAUAUUUUGGUGGACAGCGAGGGGAGAGUCAAGCUGUUUAAUUAUGGCAUGUAUUAUAUGACUGGAGCGGGGGAGGAAGUGUUAUUUCCACUUGGUGUUCCAAGAUACUUGAGCCCAGAAACAAUCCUAGACGGCGGAGGCCCAGCCGCAGACGUGUGGACCUUUGGCAUCAUACUCCUGGAGCUGUGCCUGGGCAAGUUGUGGACCAAUCUGAAGCCCGGACCGAUUUUGAGAAGGAUACUCACUUUAGUUCACGCUGGGAGUCCGGCGGAGAGGAUCGCCAGAGAAAAUGACUUGUAUGAUGCUUAUAAGCAAAUACCAGAAGACCUCCGUACCAUUAUCGAGAAAUGUCUAAAAAUCCUCCCAAGCGAACGCGCCACAUUUCCCGAAAUCGUCAAAGACCUAUCUCAUAUGGACGUUCAAUUGCCGGUUCAAAGUAAACCCCCCCGCGGUCUGAUGGGGUGCAAGCUACAGUACUUGUAUCAUUGGUGGCAGCUGGCCGGAGGGGAUGUGCAGGCCAAGUUGAAGAAGAACGGGCUGAUUAAGAAUAGUCCCCCUAUAUUGUCUAUGCCUUCAGCAAUCCUCCUCGACGGUUGCACAGUAGGUGGCAAACUCGGUGCGCUCUUCGACCGCCGAAUAGCCAAAUAUAGCCUAGAACUACUAAAGGCUAGGUUAUCACACGUUCCUAUACACGACUACUAUCCUCUGAUGCAUGAGAGGAGAAAGGAGUUUGAUGCUGUUGCUUUACCGAGAAUUAUAAGAGAAAGGGAUACGGAAUACCAGUUUUAUAGGCUGCUGUGGUUCCAGAGGCUAAUGCAUGGCUACCCCUACACAACAUCAUACAUCCGGGCUGAAGCGGAAGUGGACAUUCCACCGCUGAUCCGCGGACAUGUCUGGGCUGCCUUAUUGGGCGUUGUCGGCGACAUAGAGGAUCGUUAUGAAAGAAUCGACAAAGAGACGCCGACGCCUACUGAUAGACAGAUUGACGUAGACAUCCCUCGCUGCCACCAAUACUGCUGGCUUCUCUGCGGCUCCGCGGGUCACAGGGGCCUGAAGAGAUUACUAAAGGCGUGGCUGCUGACUAACCCACAAUACGUUUACUGGCAAGGACUGGACUCCUUAACUGCUCCGUUCCUUUACCUCAACUUUAAUAAUGAAGCCCGCGCCUUCGCUUGUCUAUCAGCGUUCGUGCCACGUUUUCUACAUAAGUUCUUCCUAAAGGACAACAGCGCCGUAAUUAAGGAGUAUCUAGCCAAAUUCUGGCAGAUGGUCGCCUUCCAUGAACCGGAAUUAGUCACUCAUCUGUUCGAGAUCGGGUUCGAGCCGAAUCUGUUCGCCAUACCGUGGUUCCUCACUAUGUUCUCACAUGUGUUCCCCCUCCAUAAGAUCCUGCACCUCUGGGAUGCUUUUCUCGUGGAGGGUCCCGCAUUACCCAUAUUCAUGGGUGUAGGGAUCCUCAGGCAAUUACGAGACACGCUCCUAGAGUCAGGGUUCAACGAGUGUAUUCUGCUGUUCUCCGAUCUACCGGAGAUCGAUAUUGGCGAAUGUGUAAAGGAGUCCAUAGAGAUGUGCCGCAGCUCGCCUCGGAGUAUAACAUACAGACGAUUUACGAAUGACGCCGGAGUUAAAGAUCCAAUGGAUGCAGUAGAAAUACCCAUGGAUGUAUUGUGCGCGGAAUGUUGUCCGCGUAUCAGUCUGUCUGACUUCUUCUCCCUGAUAUGCCAAGACAAGUGCUGUGUUAUCGACAUAAGGUCUAAUUUGCUCUACGAAAAGAGCUGCAUAGAAGGCAGCUUUAACAUACCGUACAGCGGAGUUCACCUCGGACAACAUGAGUUGCAGUCGCUCGGACCGAACAACCACAAGAUUUUAACUGAGGCGAUUAAGUUGAAGAAAACUGUGGUUGUGGCGUCGGCGGAAGAUGAGACCGCUCAAUUGUUCAGCUCGUACUUGGUGAAGUGUCACGUGCCCCGCGUGUGUGUGCUGCACGGCGGUACACACGCGCUACACACACACGUACCAUCUCUAUUCACCGUGCCCAGGAACGACCGGAAAUAGACCUGAUUUAGCAGUGAUAUAGUUGAUUUUCCUUUGUACAAGCACUACACCGUUAUCGGGCCGAAGAAUGACUGAAAGUAAAAAGGUGUUCUAUAAAAAUGGCAAAUAAUGUAAACGAAAUAUGAUAGAUUUGAUUAACAUUUGACUUAAAACCUAAAAGUAAGACAUAUUUUACGUAACUAGUAAUUUGUAUAAAAUAUUUAAAUAUAUAAACUGUUGAUAAAAUCAUGGUUGUCCACAAAAGAACGAGAUAAUUAAGAAAUUAAAGUAAAUUUGUUUACAUUAUUUGCGAUUUAUACUGAACUCCACUUUAGA